UGUGACUGUGUGUGUACAUGGUGUGCUGCGACACACUGGUGUCCCAUCCAGGUUGUAUUCUCCGGCUUUGCGCCCAGUGUUCCCGCAUAGGCUCCGGAUCCACCACCAGGAUAAUGAUGAUCCUGAUGUUUCUAAAUCUAAUCUCUAAAAGUUGAUCUCUCAUGUGUACACAAAAUAACGAGACUGAGAUGCUGUGCAAUAGGUCGGGUCGAUUUUGACGUCACGAUUUGCAUACGUAGCAUACACGCCAUAAAUAAAAGGCGCUCCUCAGGUUUGGAGUCAGGAGCGUGAAACCGUUUCAUUCCUUUACUUUUUUUUGUAACGCAUCGUCAUGACGACCAUCUCCUCCACCAUCUCGUCCUACCGAAAGCGGUUCGGCCACGACGGCAAGUCCGCGGCCCGCCGCUUCGUGAGCCCGGGUAGCGCGCUCGUGCAUUCCAACGCACCCGCGGCGCUCUACCCGAGCAGCAACUCCCCCGGCGCGUGGAGCGGACCCGCGUCUCCGCCGACCCCGACUAUGGACUUCAGCCUGUCCGGUGCUGUGAGCGCGGAGUUUAUAACCUCGCGCCCAGGCGAGAAGGCGCGGAUGGAGUCGCUUAACGACCGCUUCGUCAUCUACAUUGAGAAGGUGCGGGUGCUGGAGCAGCGGAACGAGGCACUGCGCGCGGAGCUGGACCGCUGGCGCGGUAAGGGAUCCUCGCGCCUAGCUGAGCUGUGCGCGCACGAGGUGACAGAGCUGAGGCGGCACGUGGACAGGCUGACCAAUGAGAAAGCGCGAGCCGAGGUGCAGCGGGACAACUUGCUCGUGGACGUGGAGCGGACCCGCGUGAAGUUGCAGGAGGAGAUUUUCAAAAGAGAGGGAGCUGAGAAGAGCACGCAGAGCUUCAGACAGGAUGUGGACAAUGCCUCUCUUGUUCGAGUGAACCUGGAGAGGAAAGUGGAAUCCCUUCAGGAAGAAAUUAUGUUCCUCAAGAAGCUUCAUGAAGCGGAGCUGAGAGAGUUACAAGCUCAGACCCAGCAGCAGCAGGAGGUGUGUGUGGAUUUGGACGUGGCUCAGCCUGAUCUGACCUCCGCCCUCAGGGAAAUCCGGGUGCAGUAUGACAAUCUGGCCUCCAAGAACACGCACCUGUCGGAGGAGUGGUACAACUCCAAGCCCUAUUUGUCCUGGCUUAAGUCUCUCCAUAUUGUGGAUGUGGAUUUGCAGUUCGCCGAGCUCACCGAAGCCGCAAACAGAAAUAAGGAAACCCUGCGAGCAGCCAGGCGGGAGGCCAGCGAGUGCCAGAGCCAGGUGCGGGCUCUUACCUGUGACGUGGACACCCUCAAGGAGACAAACGAGGCUCUGGAGCGACAGAUGAGACAGAUGGAGGAGAACUUUGCUCUGGAGUCCUCUGGUUAUCAGGACACCAUCAGAGGUCUGGAGGAGAACAUCCUCAACCUGAAGGACGAGAUAGCUCGACACCUGAACGAGUACCAAGACCUGCUCAACAUCAAGAUGGCGCUGGACAUCGAGAUCGCCACCUACAGGAAGCUUCUGAAAGGCGAGCAGAACUGUCCUGAUUUUCGGAUCUCAACCCCUUUGCCAAACUUCUCAACCCUCAGUCUGAGAGACCCUGUGCUGGAGUCCAGAACCACCACGAAGACCACUGAGACCAGAGAUGGAGAGGUGAUUAUCGAUUCUACGCAGAAACAGGAAGACCCGGAGUGACCAGCCUCGUCCCUGCUUCGAUUCACACCUCGUCUAAACACAGCAACACACAACAGCGUCAUCCGUCCCCGCGAGGCGGACAGACCGCUAAUAACCGCCGUCCCUCACCUACGGUUUUCCAGUGCUUUUUCCACGGAGGAGCUGACGGAGAUCUUUCUCUAGAUAUUAAUGUUACAGUAAUCCCGUCUGAUGAAUUAGAAAUAGCAGAAUCUUUCAUUUCACAUUUAGGUUGAACCGUUCGGAAGAUUAUAUUACCUUCCUGACUAUAUUAUAAUAAUAUAAUAAUGAUAAUAUUAUAGUAGUGUUAGUUGAAUUAUUGCAUGUGGUUUUUCAUGUAAGGGGUUUGUAGAUGAGAUCCAAACACAGAGAAAAGGAUUAUUAUAAUGUAUUUAUUUUAAAUGAAUUGUUAAGAGUAAUAAGAGUAGACAAGUACUGGGGAAAUGUUUCAAAUAUGGGUUACAAAAAAAUCAUCAUAAUAAAACAGAAUAUUAGAUAUGUGAAGAUGAGUAUAACGGUGUUAUUGUUAUGUUACCUGAUUGGGUGAGUCACUUCACGGGACUGAAUACUUAGACCAGUGAAGUUUUUAGAGCUCGUAGAGACUAAAUAUUUUAUUCUUUGGUAAUCGGCUAAUCUUCUACGUGCGUGUGUGUGUGUGUGUGAGAGAGAGAGAGAGAGAGAGAGAGAGAGAGAGAGAGAGAGAGAAGAAAGAAAAGAAAGAAAGGAAAGGAAAGAAAAGAAAAGAAAGGAAAGAAAAGAAAAGAAGGAAAAGAAAGAAAAGAAAGAAAGAAAAGAAACAAAGGUAAGAAACAAAGGAAAGAAAAGAAAGAAAGGAAAGACAAGAAAGAAAGACAAGAAAUAAAUAAAUAAAGAAAGAAAGGAAAGGCAAGAAAGAAAGACAAGAAAGAAAGAAAGAAAGGAAAGAGACAAAAAAGAAAGGAAAGAAGAAAGAAAGCAACGAAAGAAAGUAAAGAAAGAAAGAAAAAAAAGAAAGGAAAGAGACAAAGAAAGUAAAUAAAAAGAAAGAAAGCAAGGAAAGAAAGAAAAAAGAAUGGAAAGAGACAAGAAAGAAAAGAAUGUAAGGAAAGGAUUUAAGGAAAGAAAGGAAAGAAAGAAAGACAAGAAAGUAAAUAAAAAAAGAAAGACAAGAAAGAAAAAGAAAAAGAAAGAAAGACAAGAAAGAAAAAUAAAAAAGAAAGACAAGAAAGAAAAAGAAAAAGAAAGAAAGACAAGAAAGAAAAGAAUGUAAGGAAAGAAAGACAAGAAAGAAAGAAAAGAAAAACAAGAAAGGAAAGAAAACAAUUUAUGAAUCAUUUAUUUAAAAAAAAAAAAAAAAAGACUGGAAAUUUUAUUUCAUUAUUUUCAGCCCGCUAUGGCUUGAACAUCAUUUCUGUAACGUGACUCUGAUUUGUAUAAGCAGCUAAAUAAAUAAAUAAAUAAAUAAAUAAA